CCGCCCAGCCCUGGCCGUGCCCGCGCCCGCUCCGCCGCCCGCCGCCCUCCUCCGCCGCCGCCGCCCGCCGCCCCGCGGCACCGCCAUGAUCGUGGAGAGCAGCCGGGACGCGGCGCCCGAUGGCGGCGACGGCGGCGCCCUCAGCAGCCCCAUCAACCUCGCCUACUUCUACGGGGCCUCGCCCCACUCCAGCGAGGGCAGCUGCUCGCCGGCGCACUCCGCCCCGGGCUCGCCGGGCUCCGACUCGGACCUCUCGGUGAGCAGCCGCGGCGGCGGCCGGAGGGACCCCCGGGGCGGCGCCCGCCCCGCGCUGCAAGUUGAACAGCACAUGGGGGGAGGGAAGCAGCACAGAGGCCCUUUCCAGGGGGUCCGUGUGAAGAACUCCGUGAAGGAGCUCCUGCUGCACUUCAGGAGCAGCAAACAGAUGUCCUCGGGCUCCACCGCGGAGGAAGGCAAGGCACAAGGAGGAUUGGGGAACUACGAGCAGUACACAGCAGAGCUGAAGAGUAUACUAGGUCACAGUGGCAAAAGAAAGGCUCCUGAGCUCCUUUCUGAUGGACCUUCUUUCAAACGCCAAGCUAAUGUUCACCCACACCUCCUGACGCCACCCCAGACACCAACUUCUAUGGAUAACAUGGAGGAGACUCAUAAAAACGACCCAAAGCACGACAGCAGUUCUGAUCUGCUUCAGAACAUUAUAAACAUCAAGAACGAGUCGAGCCCUGUUUCUCUGAACACGGUGCAGGUUAGCUGGUUGCACACUGUCUCCAGUCACAGCUCACCUGGCGAGCAGUACCAGGACAGCCCGGGAACACAGGCUUUCUCCCCGUCCCAGAAGUACCAAGCAUUCCAAGAUCACACUUCCCAGCAUGUGCUUGAUCCACCACAGCAUUACCAGUUCCCUCCAUCCCAGAACCAAGAUUUGUCGCAGAGCUAUCCUUCGGACGCCUCCCUGGAGUACAGGCCGUUUGCUGCCAAUGACCAGUCUCCUGGCUACCAGCAGAAUACAUUUGAGAGCCAUGAACUGCAGUACUGCCCGUCGCAGAGCUUCUCCUCCCUCUUGAACGACUCUGAAGGCUCGGAGAGCAUCUCUGCUCCCCUCCAGCCGCUGCCCAGUGCCCACCCACAGGCUGAUGUCGGCUCCCACGCUCCGAACUUCAGCUUGCUUUCCAGUAACAUCUGUGGUAGUCUGGAGCGCAGUGUCUCUUUGGCUACUUUGAAUGUCUCUCUACCUGACCAAAACAUCGCCAGAAGCACGGCGCAGCUGGGCAAGUCAUUUUUUCAAUGGCAAGUGGAGCAGGAGGAAAACAAACUGGCUAACAUCUCUCAAGACCAGUUCCUUGCAAAAGACUCGGAUGGAGACACCUUCCUUCACAUUGCUGUUGCGCAGGGCCGACGAGCACUCUCCUACGUUCUUGCAAGGAAGAUGGCUGCCCUGCACAUGCUGGAUAUUAAAGAGCACAAUGGCCAGAGUGCUUUCCAGGUUGCUGUGGCUGCCAAUCAGCAUCUCAUUGUGCAGGACUUGGUUAGCUUGGGGGCUCAAGUCAACACCACAGACUGCUGGGGUAGGACGCCGUUGCAUGUUUGCGCUGAGAAGGGGCAUGCCCAGGUCCUUCAGGCAAUUCAAAAGGGAGCCAUGGGAAGCAAUCAGUAUGUGGACCUUGAGGCAACGAACUAUGAUGGUUUGACAGCAUUGCACUGUGCUGUUCUGGCUCAUAAUGCUGUGCUGCAUGAACUGCAAAACAGUCAGCCACCUCACUCCCCUGAGGUCCAGGAGCUUCUGCUGAGAAACAAGAGCCUGGUAGAAACCAUCAAGACUCUGAUACAAAUGGGAGCCUCUGUUGAAGCGAAAGAUCGUAAAAGUGGUCGCUCAGCUUUACAUUUGGCAGCAGAAGAAGCAAACCUGGAGCUCAUUCGUCUCUUUUUGGAGCUGCCCAACUGUCUCUCUUUUGUUAACGCAAAGGCUUACAAUGGCAACACUGCACUCCAUGUGGCUGCCAGCCUGCAGUAUCGCGUGAGUCAGUUGGAUGCUGUGCGCUUGCUAAUGCGAAAAGGAGCUGAUCCAAGUGCCAGAAACUUGGAGAAUGAGCAGCCAGUUCAUCUGGUUCCUGACGGUCUUGUGGGAGAACAGAUAAGACGUAUCCUAAAAGGGAAGGCGAUUCAGCAGAGAGUGUCGCCAUUUUAAGCUCCAUGUUUCUUGGAGUUCAGCAACUCACACUCACUGUCAGUCAGGCAGUCCUAAUGUAUCUGUAAAUAGACCAUUUGCCUGGUGUGGGCAAAUGUUAGUUGUUUCUAUGAAACAAAAGUAUUUUGUUCACUAUCAUAUAGUGGGUUAUAUAAGAGUUUAAAAAAAAACCAAAAACAAACCCCAAACCCAACAAUCAAAUUCCUUUGAGCAAAUGGGAAUGUUUUCAUUCCCAAGUAUGUGGAACACUUGCCUGGAUACCUGGAUUUCAUAGCUACGGCAAGACUGAUUGUAUUUAAACAGCCAUACAGAUAACUUCUGGACAAGGACAGUUCUACACAAAAUCUUUUAUUUAGAAAGGCUGAUACAUGUCAACAUUGCAGAGUUGGUUUUUUUUUUGUUGUUGUGUUUUUAAUAACACUUAAGUGCAAGAGAAAUCAAAUGUUUUUGAAGUUGAACAUUAAUUUAUGUAACUGUAGCUUUCUUCCAGUAUCUCGUGCAGGAUUGUAUAUAGUCACUGGCAUUAUUGUACAGCUGUAUAGUUCUAAAAAUCUAUUGAUUGCUUGGGGAAUGAACUGAAGAAACAAGUUCCUUGAUCUUGAACUUGCAAAUUGCAUAUAAAGUUUUAAUACUAUACUGGUGAAAAUCAGGUAAAUUCUGUUGUUUUGAAAGACUGAAGACCAGAAGUACAGUUAAGGUGGAUUGUCCCUAGCACUGAUUUGUGCAUGCUUUUGGAGUUGUUGAUAAAACAUGAAAAGCCAUGCUUCUUUAGGGGACUGUAUCAGUUUUUCUUGUACCCAGUAGAGGUUUUUCUUUUGACGGGCAGUAGACUGAGGGAGAAAGAUCAUGACUUUUAUAGUGUGUAUAUAACUUUGUUGUACUUAAAGGAAUAUGAUCCUGAUUCAGUGAAAGUAUUUAGCAUGUACUUAACUGUUGAUGCAUGCUGAAAUCUCUCCAUGUUAAUUACAAUACUUCAAUACCUGUAAGCCCCGCUAAUAUUGGUAGGACUUAAGCACAUGCAUAAGUAGUUUGCUGAAUUGGGCUCUAGUUAAUUCUAGAGACUUAGCGUUUUUCACCUCCUAAGCAGAGUUAGUCCAUUUAUGGUUUUACCUUAUAGGUAUAGUGGCUAGCCAAGUAAUAUUUGAAGUUAACAUUUUUCUAUUUUUUAAUAAUUAUGGUUAUUAAUGCAAAAUGUAUACUGAUGAUGCUGUAUACUUGUGUUCUGUUGGAGAAAACUUCCUCCUCCUAUCACUUUCUGAAUGAUCCACGCUGGGCUGUAAUCCAGUAAUGUGUUCUCUGUGUGGUCUUUGCUCUUAAACUGUUUUUGCAUCACAUGCAAUUCUGUGCCAUAACUGUUUAGUUAGUCUGAUUGUGCUGUUUUGACACAGUAUGUCUUGUAGACAAGCUAAGUGAAAAAAUCUGAUAUGUGGAGGCCUAGUUGCGAUGUAUUUCUUGAAGGGUCGCAUGUAACCUGUGUUUGAAUAAACAUGCUAAUUAAA